AUUGCGUUUACAGCACUGAGCACAGUCUAAUAUGUUUACUUGAGUCUAAUGUGUUUUUCAGUAAGAAGAAACAAGACUGGAGAUGUUGAAGACAGCAGUUGUGUUUUUCACGUGUAUGCAUGUUUUUACCGCUGAAUCGCACGCUAAUUUUGCGAGUUCUGGCCACACGAAUAAUUGGGCCGUCUUGGUUGAUACUUCAAGAUUCUGGUUCAAUUACAGACAUGUUGCGAAUGUUCUUUCUAUUUAUCGUAGUGUGAAGAGACUUGGAAUUCCUGAUAGCCAAAUCAUUUUGAUGGUAGCUGAUGACAUGGCCUGCAACCCGAGAAACCCUAGGCCUGCCACAGUUUUUAACAAUAUAAAUCAGAAUAUAAAUGUGUAUGGUGAUGAUGUAGAAGUUGACUAUAGAGGAUAUGAGGUGACAGUUGAAAAUUUCAUAAGGCUUCUGACAGGGCGCCUGCCCCCUGGUACUCCACGAUCAAAGCAACUUCUGACAGACGAAGGCAGCAAUAUACUUGUUUAUCUCACUGGGCAUGGAGGUGAUGGCUUUCUCAAAUUCCAGGAUUCUGAAGAGGUUACAAGUCAGGAACUUGCAGAUGCAUUGGAACAGAUGUGGCAGAAACGAAGAUAUAAUGAAAUCUUCUUCAUGAUUGACACCUGUCAGGCAGCCUCCAUGUAUGAAAAAUUUUAUUCACCAAACAUUCUCGCUGUAGCCAGCAGCUUAGUCGGAGAAGAUUCACUCUCGCAUCAUGCAGACCCUGCUAUAGGAGUGUACAUUAUUGAUCGGUAUACCUACUAUGCUCUAGAAUUCUUGGAGAAGAUUGAACCGGGCAGUUCAAAAACCAUGGCACAGUUUCUCAUUGUAUGUCCAAAAUCAAAAUGCAUCUCAACAGUUGGCAUUCGUAAGGACUUAUACAAAAGGGACACCAAUGAAGUGCCAAUAACAGAUUUCUUUGGUUCUGUAAGACCAGUUGAACUCACCUACUCAAAACUGAAUAUUUCGUUUGUUCCAGCAAAAAAUGAGACCCAAAGGAUAGAAAAAAUGCCAAAGAAGAAGUUCUAUUAUGCUGAACAGUUUCCAACCCAUAUAUUUGAUUCGUUGGAAAUUUCCAUGCCCGUAUACUUCAGAGUUAGAGCAUACAGUUUUAAACAGUUUGUGGGCAGCAAAAAAUUGUUUUGAUUCCUUGUGUUGUAAUGAUGUUGAAAUUGAUUCGCAACAAAUAAAUCAGGGUUAUUAUGUACAGAGACAAUCGUUUCAUAGAUGACCAGUGAGGGAACAAUAUACUUAGAUUUUUCUACACUCUACAUUGUGCAUAUUUCUGUUGAUGGUUUUUUGACAUUUCAGUAUUGGAGAUUUAUCGUUAAGAGUUAAACCAAAAUGUAAUUCCAUACCUUAUUGUUGGUUCAAAGUAGCCAUGAUAUACUACUAUCCUUACGCUCAUGGUGUUAGCAUUGUAUAAUUUCAUCAUUGCAAAUGAUAGUGUAUGUAAUUUAUAUGCAGUGUAUUGUAUAUGUGAGCCCCACAACUAGCUUCAUCAUUUAACUUUGCUUGUUUUGUUUUAAACUGCAUUAACUGAGUUUUUUCCAUGUUUAAUUAUAGCCCAUUUAAAUUAAACCAGAUGCUAUAACCUUGUAUGUAAUACUUGGAUAUACGCUGCUGCACCAAGCCACUAAUGUACUAAUUAUGGACAUGGCGCGCCAUCUGUUGUGCCAUCUACUUAUACGAGAGCCCUCCUCUUUAUAAGUGGUGUGUAGCAGGCACUUGUUCUCAUAUUUUCUUUCUUAUUGUCAGCAUCUACUUGUAUCAGUAUGUGGAUUGUUUCUAUGUUUGUGUCUAUGUUCUCACCUGAUUUUCGCUUGCAUCUGGAAGAAGAAUAAACUUUGAGUCAUUGUGUCA